AAAAAUGCCUGACCACAUAAACGCUCGAGGAUCAGCAUAGUCCCACCACAGCGCCCAUGGCUUCCACAAUCUCACCGCUGCUCCAAACCCUCUCACACGGCCGUCUGCGCGAUGCGCCCCUUAUCUCCUGCAAGGCGCAAGACUCCAAACCCGCGCCAAUACGUCGCACAACUACCGUUCCAUCCGGAAGGAGACAGUUGUUGUCCCUGCUAGCUGCGUCGUCGGCUUUGACGGCGAUAGAGCGGCCAUCGAAUGCGGUGGACAUUCCGCUGUUUGGAUUGAGGAAGAAACUGAAAGAUGCGGAGAAGGAAGCGGAGGAGAUAGUAAAGGAGGGAUUUGAAGCGGCGGAAAAGGGAAUAGAAACGGUGGAGAAAGGAAUCGUGACGGCAGAGAAGGGGAUAGAAACGGCGGAGGAGGGAAUCCAAAAGGCGGAGAAAGGGGUCGAAACGGCACUGAGUUUCGGAGGGUUGGCGCAGGCGGGAGUGGUGGCGGGAGCGGAGGUCGUCGGGAUAGUUAUUGCUACUUCGAUCGUGAAUGGUAUAUUGGGGCCCGAGGCUCAGAAAUCGUAGUUCAUGUAAGCAACUACGAAUGAUCGGUGGUUGAAUUUCAAUCAGUUCUGAAACUAUUUUUGUGGUUUGUAAUUUUUGUUAAUUUGUUGUGCUAAAUUCAUCGUGUAUAUGAAGAAACUAUCUUCAACAUUUGUGUACUUCGAUCGACGAGACUGCUCCACUAGUUUGAAGUCUUGUUUUGAUUA